AUGGCUGGCAAUACGCUAGCAAUUCGCAAGAUGGCUCCGUCCAUCAUGCAGCUGUCGUCGAUGACGCGCAGAUCCAUGUCGACAUCGCAGCUGGCCCUUCGCGCAAAGCCGAUGCGGUCGACCAAGCCUAAGAAGCGUUUCAGAGCUCUGCGUUGGGCCUGGCGGUUGACCUGGCUCUCUGCCAUCGGUCUUACCGGCACUGUCGCAUACAGCAUCUUCGAGCUCCGUCAACCCCCGGAGCAGAUCACUCCUGACCCAUCAAAGAAGACCCUGGUCAUUCUCGGAACUGGCUGGGGCUCCGUUUCCCUCCUGAAGAAGAUUGACACCGAGAACUACAACGUUAUCGUCGUCUCCCCCCACCGCUCUAUCAUGGAACCUAUCCGAAACAUCCUGCGCCACAAGAAGGCCAGUGUUCAGUUCUACGAAGCCGAAGCUACCAAGAUUGACUACGAGAAGCGGAUUGUGUACAUCAGUGAUGAUUCCGAAAUCAAGGGUGAUAUCUCGCACACCGAGGUUCCCUUCGACAUGCUUGUGAUCGGUGUUGGUGCCGAGAACGCGACUUUUGGUAUUCCCGGUGUUCGUGAGAACUCCUGCUUCCUGAAGGAAGUCGGUGACGCCCAGCACAUUCGUAAGCGUAUUAUGGACUGUAUCGAGACCGCCUGUUUCAAGGACCAGACCGAGGACGAGGUCAAGCGUCUGCUGCACAUGGUUGUGGUGGGCGGUGGCCCCACUGGUGUUGAAUUCGCCGGUGAACUGAAGGACUUCUUCAACGAUGACUUGAAGAAGUGGAUUCCCGAAAUCAAGGACAACUUCCACGUCACUCUCGUCGAGGCUCUGCCCAAUGUUCUUCCCAUGUUCUCCAAGCAACUCAUUGACUACACCGAAUCGACCUUCAAGGAGGAGGAGAUCUCCAUCCGCACCAAGACCAUGGUCAAGAAUGUUACCGACAAGUACAUCCAGGCUGAGGUGACCAAGCCCGACGGAUCCAAGGAGCUUGAGACUAUCCCCUACGGUCUUCUCGUCUGGGCCACCGGUAACGCCAUCCGCCCCGUCGUCCGUGACCUGAUGUCCCAGAUCCCCGCUCAGGCCGAGUCCCGCCGCGGUCUUGCUGUCAACGAAUACCUCGUCGUGAAUGGUACCGAUAACGUCUGGGCCGUCGGCGACUGCGCCAUUGCCAACUACGCCCCCACCGCUCAGGUUGCUAGCCAGGAGGGUGCCUUCUUGGGCCGCCUCUUCAACACCAUGGCCAAGGCCGAGGCUCUCGAGAAGGAGUUGGAGACUCUCUCUGAGCGCCAGUCCCAGGCCAAGGCCGCUGAGGAGCGCAACCAGAUCUUCGACGAGAUCCGUGAGCGCCAGAAGCAGCUCCGCCGUAACAAGCAGAUCGGUCCCUUCCAGUACUCGCACCAGGGUUCCUUGGCCUACAUUGGUAAGGAGCGCGCCGUGGCCGAUAUCAGCUGGCUGAGCGGCAACAUCGCCAGCGGUGGUACUAUGACCUACCUGUUCUGGCGCAGUGCCUACCUGAGCAUGUGCUUCAGCACUCGCAACCGUGUCCUUGUCUGCGUCGACUGGGUCAAGGCUCGUCUCUUCGGCCGUGACGUCUCCCGGGAGUAAACAUCUGCACCCAGUUUCGA